UGUGGGAUUGGGAUUGUGAUUGCACCCGAGCGGCAGGGAGGCGAUGCGCGGUGCUGGUGGAGAAGGACGGUGGGACGCUAGGAGAUGCAUGGAUGGGAGAGAGAGUUUCCUUGUUGUUGGUGCUGGGCUUGCUCGUGCUUGCUCGUGCUUGCUCGUGCUCGCUGGUGCUUGCACUGGUGCUUACUCGUGCUCACGCUGGUGCUCGCUCGUGCUCGCUGAUGCCGCGCAUACCCAGGCGAGGUGAGAGGAGCGCGCCGUGGGUGCGGGACACGCGUUGGGAGGGCGAGCACCUGCCUUGCUGGGCAUGUAUGGGGGACGGAGAUGCGGGAGAUGCGCUCGGCGGGCGCCCUCCUGGCGGAUUGAUUAUGGGGUGUGUGGGUAGGGAGGCCUGCUGUGAUUGCGCCUAUAGCGGGGGCGCGUGUGCGCUGCUAUUGCUGUUGCCUAUCUGUUGCUGUUGUUGUUGCUGCUGUGUAGGUAUACACUUGCACCCACCACCACUACCACCACUGCCGUCAUGCUUGCACUGCCCCAGCCUGGUGAUGAGUGAGCACGCCAUUGGGGGAUUGUAGCUUGCGCGCCACUGCAAUUACUCCGCUGAUUGUUGCGCCUCACUUUCUCUGUCUCCUUGCCUGCCUGCCUGCCUGCCU